UCGACUUUGAAAUUAAGGGAUGCUUCCUGGCCGGUCGUUCCGUUCACUCGCUUCUUUUUUUGAGCAUUUAAGUCUGAUCUUCUCCUUCCUUGUCGUUUUCUUUCCAAGAUUCAAAUCUAUUAUUUAUUAUUGAAUGUCUGUUGAUGACCAGGAAGCCUCUAUAUAAACUCUGAACAUUUCGAACUCAAAUCCUCCCCCUACACUUUCUUUCCCCCUAAACUUUGUGGUUGCAGAGGUUUCUUUGCUGCUGUAAGCUUUUUAAACGGUACACGCUAGCUGUUUGUGUAUGUGAUUUUUGAGGGGGAGAUCAGAGGGUACUUGAAGAUGAAGAAGAAUAUUGGUAGUACAGAUGAUCAAGCAUCGAAGCUUGAUAGAAAGACGGUGGAGAGAAACAGAAGAAUCCAUAUGAAAGGCUUAUGCUUUAAGCUUGCUUCUCUUAUUCCUACUUGUCAGUUCAAACCCUCCAGGGAAAUUGUUACACAGCUAGAUCAGCUCGACUAUGCCGCCUCCUAUAUAACACAACUGAGGGGAAAAAUAGAAAAACUAAAGCGUACGAAGGAGCAGCGAGCUGCUACAUCGAGCAGUUCAGGUAGCAGCAUCAUGAGUACUAACAUGAUUGAUCAUAACAUGAUGAUUGGAACAAGACAGCUUCCCAUCGUGGACGUAAGAGAUUUGGGUCCCUGUAUAGAGGUGAUUUUGAUAAGUGGGUUGCAGAAAAACUUCAUGCUUUAUGAAGUUAUCAACAUUCUUCAGGAAGAAGGAGCUGAUGUUGUCAGUGCGUGCUUUUACACUGCGGGUGAUAAAGUUUUCCAUACAAUUCAUGCUCAGGUCAAAAUUUCUAGAGUUGGGAUUGAGACUUCAAGGGUACGACAAAGAUUGCAUGAGUUGAUAUACUGAAAUGGGUUUCAAAUGGCAGACAUACCAAGUAUUGCAAGAAAGGGUUUUUGUUGCGUCAGUUUGGGUCGUCGCAAUAUGUGACCUGUAAUAGAUGCCAAAAAAAAAAUGGUUUGGUAAAGAAAACCAUUCAUUAACAUCCAUUAUUUUGCGCCGUAAAAAAGAAUAGAUCAAUGCAAAUAUCCUUAAUCUA